AUGAGUGCUGAGGUGUCUGGCAGUCACCCAUCGCCACUAGUCAUCAUUGUGAUGGGCGUGAGCGCAUGUGGCAAAUCGACCGUGGCUCAAGCGCUGGCGGACGGAUGGAGUGCGAGCAGUGCAUCAGGACGAGAAAUCCGCCAGACCGGCGCGGCAAGACUGCUCGACGCAGACGACCUGCACCCGCCCUCCAACAAGGCCAAGAUGGGCGCGGGCAUUCCGCUCUCCGACCGUGACCGGGCGCCAUGGCUGGCGGCCCUCCGAGCCAAGAUCCUGGAGCACGUCACCGAGCAGCGAUUUCGCAGCCAAGCCAAUCCCAGCAGCGUCCAUUCGUCCGACCAGACUAGCGCUGAUAAUAAUGCUAACAUCAUCCAUGAUGAUAGUCAUAACGAGAGCAAUGACAGUGAUGCUGCCAAGGCGCCUGAAACGCUGAUUCUGGCUUGCUCGGCGCUUCGGCAAUUGUACCGCAAAGUGCUCGCUGAGGGUCCUGACGCGCAUACGGGUGCAUCCACGGCGCCAAGCAUAGCGUUCGUCCAUUUACAAGCUCCAUUCGAGGUGUUUGACGCGCGGAUUCGUGAUCGCACUGGUCACUUUAUGCCUGCCUCGUUGCUGCAAUCGCAAUUUGCGCUGCUGGAAGAUCCAACGCUCGAUUCGCCACGCGAGUAUCAGGUGCUGGCGGUUGAUGCUCGUCAAUCUCUCGACACUAUUCAAAUUUUUGUGAUGGCCUGA